UAAAAACGUCUGGUAGGACAAGCAGCACGUUUCAAGCUAUUAGAAAUGCAUGCAGGGAUCCGGGGUCCCGGCGGCCGCCGUCUCCAGCGCGGCGCCUCCCGCCGGCCGACUCCAGCACUUCUGCCUCCCUCAGAUCUCCCGACUGCCCUCGACCUGUCUGCCUCCCUCCAACCUGCCCGCCGGCGCCCACCAAGCUGCCUCACUCCGACCAGCCGCCGGCCUGCACCAAGCAACCCGCCGCCGCCACAGCCCGGCCGCGCCGCCGCCUCAGGCCGAGCACGCCCCCGAUCCAGAUCCAGGGAACUACCUGUGCCCACACUGGCAUCGUCAUCCACUUCUUCGUGCUCUCCCCCUCGAGAUGUGGACAGCCCUCCGAAAAAGAAGAGUGGCAGCUUGGUUCAUGACAACCUAAUCUUUGGCAAUAAGGUCCGAGCACUGAAGAAGGAAUGGAGAGCCAUACGUGAUCUCCAGAUCAAGGAAACCGGAUUGGGCCGUUCCUCUGAUGGUUCUGUCAAUGCUUCUGACCAAUGGUGGGAAGAGAACAGCAAGGACCAGCAGAAGGAGCUCAAGCAUGGCCUUCCUGACUACCUCCCAGAAAUGGACAAGAUGUUCCAAGGCGUGUGUGUCACAGGGGAAACUUCAUAUGUUCCUGGCCGCCGCAAAGGGCCACAGACCAUUAGCAGUGACGAAGAUGAAGAUGGCGGCGACACCACUCCACAGAGCACUCCACACAGCAGUGGCAGCAAGAGGAGCUUCAGCAGCCGCACUCGCAGCACCGGCAGCAGCCCAAGCAAGAAGUCCAGGAGCCCAGCAGUGCGUGCAAUGCAGUCCAACAUGAGGGAGCUCAACGUCAUUCUGGAGAACAGGACUGCAGCACAGAACCAGAUUUGGGCGGAUAGGCAGAAAAGAGAGGAACAACUUGAGGAACAGAAGAGAGUCAGGAGGAAGCGAGUGAGGGAGAUGGCUAGGCAGCUGGGGGUAGCUGGAGAUAGCCGCCUUUGGGUUGGAGUUCUCAAGUUAGUCCGUUCUGAUGAGGACAUGGAGUCUUUUGAGGAAGCAGAUGAAGAAGGAAGAAAAUGCAUCCUUGCACACCUAUCUGGGGAAGCUGACGAACCUUCAGCAGUGGUGGAGGCUGAUGCUGGUAGGAAGCAGCUGUGGGAGCAGGAUUUUUUUGGCAUGCUGGCAGAGGAGGAUCAUGAAGACAUUGCAUUGAUAUAUGGGAAGUUCUAUCUGGUGGACUCCGGAUACCCCAACCGUCCAGGUUACCUGGUUCCGUACAAGGGAACCAUGUACCAUAUUCAAGACUUCCAAAACGUCGCAGAACCACGAGGUAAAAAGGAGACUUUCAAUUAUGCCCAUUCAUCUCUUAGAAAUGUCAUUGAAAGGGCAUUUGGUGUACUGAAAAUGAAGUGGCGCAUAUUGAUGCUAAUCCCUUGCUAUCCUCCCGGAACGCAAACGAAGAUUAUUGUUGCUUGUAUGGCUUUGCAUAAUUUCAUAAGAUUGAGUGGGCUGGACGAUAAUGACUUUGGGCUGGUAGAUCAACAUGUGCAUUAUGUGCCGCCAGACGCCUCUAUUGAUCAGCUUGAAACUGUUGAUGCCCCAGAUAUUGAAGAUGUUGCACAGAUGAAUUCAUUUCGUGAUUAUAUUGCUGACCACCUGUACAAUAGAGCCUGAGGACUUGUAUUUGCAUUAGUUUGCUGAGAACUUGUACUUUAGAUUUAUUUGUUCACAAACUGUAAUAAUGCUAGUUCUUUCGGAUAUUUGUUGAUUGUAUCAAAUGUUUGCUCAGAAGUUGCAUGCGGUGUGUAAUAUGGUCCAGUUUUCAAAACUUGUAAUAUUGUCUGUUCAGAGGAUUUGAAAAAAAAUCUGAGCUUGUGAGUAGUGUUGCAUUUGAUAUAAA